AUGGGAGUGGCAGCACAGAGUGUCACAAAUGGACAAAGCAGAGCAGAAAACCUUUCGUUUGACUUGACGUCUUGGUGGCGCCCCGACAUUAUAUCGACCUGUUUUUCAAACAGACAGAACGUUUGCAUCUCGACCGGACUCAGCUGUUUGUCGGUGCUUCUUUUGAUAAUAUCAUGUUUUAUGUGAGUAUGUGGGUAAUUACGCAUUUAAACAUGGAGUAAUUGCAUGUAAAGGCUACUUAUUAUAGAUGUUUUACUUAACUUUUGUCUGCAACACUUGUUCAAGGCUGGUAUGUCUGAGAUGCAGAGUACGGGGCAGUGAUUCUGGCAAGGAGGCAGCCUGUGCCCUCUACAGUUUCUUUGGCAAUUUGUGCAGCACCGUCGGGGCAUUUCUCUCCAAUCAGCUGGCUCUUCAGGUGACAAGAAGACAUUCUAUUUCCAGAAGAUGUAUGGGCCUAUACUGUAUAAGAUUAUGAUUACCUGCUACUGUACUUCCAUCUCUAUAUUCCAUGUUUCUUCCAUUGUGAUUGUUUUAGGUCAUAAUGGGUGGUUUUAUGGCAGCUGUGGAAGUUAUUAAUUUCAUCUCCAUCGUCUUCCCUAUAUGCUUGUGUUGGAACACCAGAGCAGGUAAGAGAGAGGGUGGUUCCCUUUUACACGUCUCACUUUAGCCCUUUUUCCCCGAGCUGCUCACAAUAGCCCUUUUGGCACAGCUUGUGCUUUGUAUCCUGUCCUACAAGCCCUUAUCAACACACUACACUUGCACAAUUUGUAUAGGCAAAACAGUAAAGAAAAGUUUUAUCUGUAAAGCCGAGAGAUACCGAACAAAUGAGGCUGAAGAGAGGGCCUUGUGAAAUUCUUUUCUUCUAUCUUUCAAUGGGCAACAUUCAGUCAGCAGAACUGCAAUCCUUAACCUUCGCCCCCUUUCCCUCAUCCCUCAGAGAAGAGGCUGAGGAUGAUGAAGAGGAGGAGGAGGCAGAACUUCAUGGCCGUGUCUCUGCUGUUGAUGGUGGGUGGCUGGAGCUACCUAACCUCCAGGACCAGCCAUGGGCUUGUAGACAGACCUCUCACUGGGAGAAGACUUCUUCUCACUGACCUCCUGCAUGUAAGUGUGCGAUUCUCCUAUGAAAUCCCUCUUCCAUUACCUCCCAUAAAUUCCAGAGUUACCUUUUCAAUGGCUCACUGACUACUACGCUGUCUUCUUGGGCAGGACCGCACUGAGGUCCUGGGUUACAUUCUUGGUUUGCUCUCUUUUGUGAUUGCCUGGACCUCCAAGUUCCCUGCCCUCUCCAGAGCAGUAAGUGACACCCCAUCAUAGUUCACGUCUAUUCAUGUCUGAGUUGCCAUACUUUGAUGUAUUGUCACUACAGUCCCUCAAAACCAAGUGUAAUGUAGUGAAGAACUGCAACACUGCAUUAUACAUAACAUAAUGCUCACUGCAAUACGGCAUAAUGCCCGUAGCACUUUAAACUUGAUCUUUUAGCGCAGAGGGGAGCGUUCAAGGGCACACGUGUCCUCGGGGUUGCUGUGCUCUUUGGCCGGUGCCCUCUACACCUCGGCCAUAUUGCUCUACGACACCCAGUAUGAGUUUGUACUGAGAGCCAUGCCGUGGCUACUGGCGUCAACGUGCUGUGCAGCCAUGGAUCUUGCUGUAUCCUUCUCCAGCUUAUGAAUGUGAAUAUUCCUUCUACAUUAUGUGAAUAGAAUAUCGGGUCAUCUCCCUGAAUGGACCGAGUUCUAAUUUAAUUGAAACCCAACCCUUCUGUCAGUUUUGUCUUGACUUUAUGGUCAGAUCGUGGUCCUGUCCUGGUGCAGGAAGGGUACUACUGAGCAGCAGCCUGGAAGGGGUUCUCCAGACACAGAGAGUCUCCUGGGCGGCUCCUCUCCCCCCACUCAGCACAACCCCAGUGGGAAGCCCCCCAAAAAACACUCAGUAAGCCUAGAGUCCUGCAUUCAUAUGCCUGGGUUGAGGAGAUGGACUCUGAAUGUCUGAUAGAUACUUACUUGUAUAGAUAGUAUUGGAAUGAAAGCCCAACUAAAGAUCUUUAAGCUAGAGAAUGAAAGACUAAAUGGCAGUUUGCGAACUCGUUCAUUAAUGUCCGGGCUUUGCUUCACACAGUAUUUGAUAAUCCUCUUUUAAAUAAACACCACUCUAUUUCCUCAUGUGAGUUGGACUUGAAUGGAGCUCCUCUCUGUGUUCUCUCCAAUAAGAACAAUUUAAAGUUGGCUGAUAUGGGACAUUACAUGGAUGUCAACAUUCAACCCGUGCGAAAGGUGAGGGUCAAGACUUCUUCAGAACGUCUGCCAUGGGCAAAGUUUUUUUUUAACUUGACAUACAACUCAGAUUUGUACAUCCUUUACUUACAUCAAUGUAUGAUUUCAGGUGUGUCUGAAGGAGGUGACUCUCUCUAGGGAGGAGGGUGUGUCAGAGAGCCAUCCCCUCAGGAGGACAGUAAGGGUGGUGAGAGUGGACGACACGUUCUCAGACUCCUCAUCCCUCAGCUCGGAUCUGGAGGUCAGAAACAAACACAUCCUUUAUCAACAACUUUACUAUUGUGUAAAAUCAUCUUCUACAGUGAGAGAUUGCCCAAAAUGGUCCAGGUCUUCUGAGUUAAUGAAGUGUAGUACAUGGUAGUCAAGAGAUGUGAACUGUAAAACCACUUUCUGCCACAAGGUGGUGAUAGUGUGUGGAGGAUGGUUGAACACUUGUUGUUUGGGAUUUAUCUACACAUCAAGGAAGCCUAUCAUUUUCAGUCAGGGACACAUCGCAGGCUAUUACCACCUAAUGAAGGUAUAAUCAAUACCUUUACCUGCAAGCUCUUCUGAAGUGCUUUGCUUGCCAACUUACUAUUUAUUUAACGUUACUUCAUUAUGCUCAGGCCUGCCCAUGUGAACUUGCUAUUCUGGUGCAGUGACAGUUCACUCAUAACCAACCUGUCAACCUCAUAAUUAGGAAAAGUUUAGAAUGGUUAGGGUGAGCGUGCGAUGUCUUUAGUGCCUUUUGGAAAAUGAAUUUUCUAUUGGCACCCCUUUUGUCCCUCACAUCUUUAGAAUAAUAGUGCUCUCUGUGGUUCCGCAGAAAGCCAAGUCACAGAGGAUGUCAUUUAAUCUGAAACAAUUGCAAAUGGUGUGAGUGAAAACAAUUGGAACUUCAUACUAUUCACCAAACAGGAAAAAGCAAAUGAUGUGAACCUCCUCUGGCUAAGUACAUUAAAGAGCAGGAGGGUCCAAACAAGGGUUCAGAACAUACUGUGGUUAACAUGGCUGAAUUGAGUCAUUGUCAUUUUGUCAGCAGUGGCAUUCUACAGCUAUGGGCUGUAGUUUGUACAGUAUUUGAGGGUUUUCAUCCAUUUACUUAACAUCUCAAAUGUUAUUCUUUGCCUCUGGUUAGCAUUAACUAAGGUCUGACAAAGGUCAGACGUAUAGUUACUUAGUAAUAUAUGAUGGGGGUUCCAUCAGUUCAGUUCCGUCGACACGUAUUGCAUAAUCUUCAAUCGUUAACACUCAGACAAAUCAUCCAUAAGUGGGGAUGGGCUGGCAGCCUGGCACCUGGUACACGUGUUCCUUUAGGUCUGAGAAGUGCUGUUCUGGAUUAUUUGAAUGUAAUGCCCAUCUACCUUCCUUUCUAUUAUAUAAUACUGAACUGGCUAGGGCCAGACAGCUGUAAAGUUGUUUGAUCUUAUUUGGAGAACAAAUGGGCUAAGUAUUUGAAACAUUUCAUUUCACUACUGAAUGAUAUUAAAAUAAUUUGCAUAAACCAUGAAGUUGACAACAAAGGCUUUAGGUUGUUUUGCAUAACACUAAUUCCCAUGCGGAAAUAAUAAAGGCCUUUUGCAAUUUGCCGGCUGCAUAAACUCACCACAGGGCUCUGUGUAAAUGGUCUGUUUUCUUGUUACUCUGAAAACCACCCCAGCCACAAGAAAGCUGCUUGGAAUUACCUUUUUGUAUUGUUUUUCUCGCUAAUUUCUGCUGAGUGCUUGUUCUAGCGGGGUUGAGGUGAGGUGGAGGUGUUGAAUUGUUCAAGAUUUGCAUUGCACAAUGGUUGCCUAGUCUAUAGGGAAUUCGUCACUCAGCUCUGCUAUUUUGGGAGCUGUUUAUGGUCUCCUGUGUGUUGCCUGCUGGUCAGGGGCUUGGCUCAACAUUUUGGACACUGCUGUACAAGGUCUGAGGAGUUGAUUGGUUGAACGUGAUCACAUUGAGUAUCACAGGUUGCAGUGAACAAAUUAACAUUUGUGUUUUUAUUGCAGUGUAGAAUAUUUCCUUGGAGACCAAGAACACAAUGUAAUUAAGAGGUAGACAUAAACAAUGUGUCAAUCAUAAUGAAUAUGCAUAAUGGGUAAACAGUAAUUCUGCCCUGUAACAAAACUGUCUUCUCUCCAGUGGGAUUUUGAAGACUCAAAUGCACAGUGGAACAAACUGCCAAAAGAGCAAGAGAAAGUAGAUGAGUUUCCCUUGCAAGAAUGGCCAAAGAACCCAAGGCCAAAACCCACCGGAGUCUGCAGCUGUGGCGGCAUCAUUGGACAGGCUGGGAAGAGGGUAUCAAGCAGAGUGGGUGAC